GAGGUUGAUGUAAUAUUUUAAGGCUGAUUACACGGCACGAUGACAUGUAAAAUUUGGAUCUCUAUCUACCUUGCUUGAGGUUUGGUGUUUCAUAUUGUAAUUCAUACGUAAUAAUCACAAAUCAAUCUUCAUCGUCAACAUACUUAGUUCUCGUAGGCUGUCGUGAUCCAUUCCACACCCCAUCACAUCAAAUUCUCAGAAUGGCCUCUGCUAUAGUUCGCAGAAGCAUCAGCCACUACUCCGCCAAGCUCCCUUUUGCUUCUUCUUGGUGUUUCAAUCACCACCUUCUCUCUUCUCAUUCCUCAAUCCAUAUCCAUAACCCUCUCUCUCAACAACAUGUUCAUGUUGUUUCCUCUUUUCAUAGCGAAGCUGUUGGUGGUGGUGGACUUCCAUCUUAUAUGCGUGGAGCUGUGUUCUGGGAAGCCAAUAAGCCUCUCACCAUCGAGGAAUUCCAAAUGCCUCGCCCCAAGGCCGGUGAAGUUCUCAUCAAAACCAAAGCCUGUGGAGUAUGCCACUCUGAUCUGCAUGUUAUGAAAGGUGAACUUCCAUUUUCCAGUCCUUGUGUUGUGGGGCAUGAGAUUACUGGUGAAGUUGUUGAACACGGACCACUCUCUGAUGCCAAAAUCAUAGAAAGGCUUCCAAUUGGAUCUCGAGUUGUGGGGGCCUUCAUCAUGCCUUGUGGCAACUGCUCCUACUGUUCCAAGGGCCAUGAUGAUCUAUGUGAGGCUUUCUUUGCCUAUAACCGGGCCCAAGGAACCCUCUAUGAUGGUGAAACUCGACUCUUUCUUCGAAGCAAUGGAAAACCAGUAUUCAUGUAUAGUAUGGGAGGGCUUGCUGAAUACUGUGUUGUGCCAGCAAAUGCAUUGUCUGUAUUACCUGCCUCUAUGCCAUACACCGAAUCUGCAAUUCUUGGAUGUGCCGUUUUUACUGCUUAUGGUGCUAUGGCUCAUGCGGCUAAAGUACGUCCUGGUGAUUCUGUAGCUGUUAUUGGAACUGGGGGUGUUGGUUCUAGUUGUUUGCAGAUAGCUAGAGCAUUUGGUGCCUCAGAUAUAAUUGCUGUGGAUGUUCAGGAUAAAAAACUACAGAAAGCUAAGACAUUUGGUGCUACUCACACUAUAAAUUCAGCAAAGGAAGACCCCAUUGAAAAGAUAAUUGAAAUUACUGGUGGAAAGGGUGUUGAUGUUGCUGUGGAAGCCUUGGGAAAACCACAGACAUUUGCUCAAUGCACACAAAGUGUGAAGGAUGGGGGAAAAGCCGUGAUGAUUGGACUGGCACAAGCUGGUUCUUUAGGAGAGGUGGAUAUAAAUCGGCUUGUUCGCAGAAAGAUCCAAGUUAUUGGCUCAUAUGGAGGCAGGGCUAGGCAAGAUCUUCCAAAGUUAAUUAGAUUGGCAGAAACAGGUAUCUUCAAUCUUAGCCAUGCUGUCUCUAGAACAUAUACCUUUGAGGAGGCAGACAAAGCAUUUCAAGAUCUCAACCAAGGAAGCAUUGUUGGUCGAGCUGUGAUUGAGAUUGUGUGACCAUAAUUCCAAGCAUUGCUUCUCUUCAGCAACAACUUUGCUUCUCACACACCCUACAAGGUUUAUAUGCUUUGGAGUUGCAAUGUGUUGGUUCCCUGAGAACACAUGUAAGUUUCUUCUGUGUUAUGCUGUCCUGACAAAAGAAAUAAUUGGAGGGACAUGAAUAAAAAAAUUGUUUUUGUGUGUCUCUUUGCUUCUAGCUCAUGCAGUCAGACAGGUACACUACGGUUUCUGAAUGCUCAUCAUUGGCUUGUCAUAGAACAGAUGAAAAAGUAGGAAAAUAAUGAAAAAGAUAGACAUGCUCCUUAAUUUAUUUAUUUUUAUCAACAGAAAAAAGAUCACUGAUGCUUCCAAAAU